CUUUAUUAGAUAUAACUGAUCCAAAUAACAUGGAGCAGAACGAAAUGAUAUUUUCCCAAACUCCUUCAACGCACAAUGUAAAGGAGGACGAACAUACUGAAUUGAUUCGCAGAGACGUUGAAAAGGGUGUUAUUACGAUAAACGAAGGUGAUGAAAGAGAAGAUUUGGCACCUGAACUUGUAAAACUUGAAAAUAUUCCAAGAUUUGAACCCUUGAUAAAACCUCACAUUGAUACGAGUUUUAUGCUAGGUGGACUGUGGGGUUCAACACCACAGGUACAUGAAAAAGAACCAUCUUUUGGAUAUGAAUCAUUAUUCAAAUUUUCCUUAAUUUAUCAAUCUCACAUAAAAAAAUGCGUCGAUGAAAUUUGUGAAGAUCAGCGAAUAGUCAUGGAAACUGUGAAAUCAGCGGAUGAAUAUUGUGCACAAAUCAAUCAAUCAAUAAUAACUACACAAUUACAAGCAAAAACAAAUCAUGAGCAAAUUAGUGUUGUUAAUGGUCUCAUAAAACAAGUGGAAAAAACACAUAAAUUAGUCUAUGAGAUAUUUCAAACAUUGAACAAAUUAGAAAAAUUGAUACCAGAUGAAGGGCUAUUUGAUGAUAAGUCUUCAAGCUCCAAAUGGCCAAUAAUUCACAAAUUAUGUUUGACCGCAAAACAAAAGCCAAGUCACUCUAUAAAAAUUCCACAACGUACGAAUUCUAUUGUCGUUGCUGUAUCACAAUAUAAUGUUUUUUCAGACAAACAUAAAGAUUCUGAACCUCUCAGCCCAGUUCAAACUACAGAUUGGAUGUCAUCAAGUGUAUCAAGCGUCCAAAAUAUUAUUUUAGGUGAAAAUAUAAUCUCUGAUCGUUUCAGGGAUAUACUUAUUAAUCCGAUGCGUGAAGGUCUUAUUAAUCCGAUGCGUGAAGGUCUUAUUAACCCGAUGCGUGAAAGUCUUAUUAAUCCGGUGCGCGAAGGUAUAAAGCGAAUAAUUAGUAGUCCGAGUAUCAAUUCUAUGGUAUCUACGUCAGAGCCACAUUCGUCAUUAAACAAUAAUGGAUCAGAACCACCCAUAUCACCUAUUUCAUUUGGGUCAAACUUGUCUAAUAGCAAUCAAUCACCACCUUCAGGAUCUUCCGUGUCAUUACUUACAGACAUGCUUAAACGAUCUGCAUUGCAAAAAGAGG